GCAGCUCCGGGCACGAUGCAGAGAGCCGGAGGCGGGGGCGCCCCCGGGGGCAGCGGCGGCGGCGGGGGCCCGGGCGCUGCCUUCUCCAUCGACUCCCUGAUCGGGCCGCAGCCGCCGCGCUCGGGCCACUUGCUCUACACUGGCUACCCCAUGUUCAUGCCCUACCGGCCCCUCGUGCUGCCGCAGGCGCUGGCCCCCGCGCCGCUGCCCGCCGGCCUCCCGCCCCUCGCCCCGCUAGCCUCCUUUGCCGGCCGCCUGACCAACACCUUCUGCGCGGGGCUGGGCCAGGCCGUGCCCUCGAUGGUGGCGCUGACCACCGCGCUGCCCAGCUUCGCGGAGCCGCCCGACGCCUUCUACGGGCCCCCGGAGCUCGCUGCUGCCGCCGCCGCCGCCACUGCCACGAGAAACAACCCCGAGCCGGGCGGCCGACGCCCGGAGGGCGCGCUGGAAGCCGAAGAGCUGCUGCCCGCCCGGGAGAAAGUGGCAGAUCCCGCACCGCCCCCGCCUCUGCACUUCUCAGAGACUUCCCCAAGUCUGCCGGCCGAGGGGAAGGUGUACAGCUCGGAUGAGGAGAAGCCGGAGGCGCCGGCGGGAGACCCAGCAGGCAGCGAGCAGGACGAAGGGGGCUCGGGCGGUGACAGCGAGGACGACGGUUUCCUGGACAGCUCUGCAGGGGGCCCCGGGGCCCUCCUGGGACCCAAAGCGAAGCUAACGGGAAGCCUGGGGACUGGAGCUGAGGAGGGGGCGCCGGCGGCGGCGGGAGUCGCGGCUCCUGGGGGCAGAAGCCGGCGGCGCCGCACAGCCUUUACCAGCGAGCAGCUUUUGGAGCUGGAGAGGGAGUUUCAUUGCAAGAAAUACCUGAGCCUGACCGAGCGCUCCCAGAUCGCCCGCGCCCUCAAGCUCAGUGAGGUGCAGGUCAAGAUCUGGUUUCAGAAUCGGCGGGCCAAGUGGAAGCGCAUCAAAGCUGGCAAUGGGGGCAGCCGUUCUGGGGAGCCUGUAAGAAACCCCAAGAUUGUCGUGCCCAUACCCGUGCACGUCAGCAGGUUCGCGGCGCGGAGCCAGCACCAGCAGAUGGAGCAGGGCGCCCGGCCCUGAGGGGCUCCCGGGGACGUCCUGAGUCUGCUCGGAGACUGGGCCAGGGUCCUGGGGACCAGAGGGGCUCCCGCUGUGAUUCUGCCCUCGGACGGCGCUCAGUCGGCAAUUCACGUAGCUCUAGGGGGGCUCUCCUGGCACUUGGCCCUGAGCCACUCCAGAGACCCCCAGGACUGGGGCUUCAGGGCUAAAGGGGCUUUAGGUUCUUCCUGUCGAGGAGCUGCUGGGACUGAGUUGGACCCCUAGGGCUCGGCAGGUUCCUGGCUGACGCCCUGGAAUCGCUUCUGACGGGGGUGGGAGGAAGCCGGGGUGAGGCCUAGCCAAGCUGAUGGCGGCUCCUUAUUUAUUUUGUGUGGAGUUCGUAUAUAUGGAGCUGUCUGCCUCUGUCUGUCUGCACCCCUGAGAGGGGCUGGGGAGCUUGUGUGUUUCCUCCAUCCUCAGCCAGUUUGGUUCCGUCUCACUGUCCCAGGGUGGGUACCGCCUCGCCUGUCUAUAGUACAGGACGCGCAAAGAAGUGAAGUGGAACUGUCACUAGCCCGUUAGAAACCCUUCAGCACCCACCUGUCUUUCCUGUAAUCUACCUCCACUAACGUCCUCUCCCGCCGCAGGUGCUGCCCACCGUCCCCGCCUCCAGCUCUCACGCUCCUGACGCGGCACCGCUUUUCUCUUUCCCAUUAAACAGGCAAGCUUCUGCAUCUCUGUUUUCUGCUCUUUGCAAGAGUUUGCAGACUUCAGGUAGAGGGUUCACUCCCUUUUGUGUUCUGAGGGGAAAUGAAGUACUUGACCCUAGCUUACUUAGAUGGGGCGUGUCUGGCCGUGUCUAAGUAGGUGGAGGUUAUCAGUCGUGUGAGGGACUGGGGCCGGCCGGGGGCUCACCCCCAUCACCUGGGAGCCCAUUAAUAGAUCCUCUCCCGUGUAGAGGACAUGGCAGCUCAGUCCAUCUCUGCUGCUCUUUGAUAUUC